AUGAGCUCCAACACGCCGAGCGAAGAGCUCCGCGACGCCAUUUGCGAUACGCGCGGCGGCGACCUGGACGCGCUGCUUGCGCAAGGCGCCGACGCCAACUACGUGGACGAGGAAAGCGGGUGGGCGCUUUUGUUGUGGGCCGUCAAGACCAAUCAGCCAGCGGCCGUGGCCACCUUGUUGGCCCACGGCGCUAACGUCAACGCCGCUGAUCCGAGUGGCAAUACGGCACUGCAUAAAGCAGCGUAUUUGGGCCACGCCGAGUGCGCGACGCUGCUCUUGGCGCGCGGCGCCAACGCUGAUCUCCACAACAAGAUGCAGCAGACCGCGCGGGACCUCGCGCUUCUCUUUGAGAAGCCUGAAAUGGCCGUCCUCAUGACGCAAUGA